GUGUCAAAUUGUCCAAUUUGUGAUGUAAACACAAAGUACGAUUUUUUUUCUUUUUCUUUUAUGAGAACACAGCAGAACUGAACUGUCUUCUUCAUGACUUCAUGAUCAUCCAUCCAUCCAUUUUUUUUCCUUAAUCCAGGGCUAUAAAUGGAAUUGGUUGUGUUGAAGAAGGGAAGGAUCCUCCUAAUUAUGUGAAGGCUGGAGAUGCAAAGGGUGAUGGUAUCAUCUGAACAGUCUCUAGUGCAUAAACUGGGGGAUUCCAAUAGGACAUUGUCCCCCAAAUUCAGGAUAGUGUCUCUAAGGUCCUCACUGCUAGAUGACCCUUCAAUGGACAAUGAAUUGGCUGUGAAGGGGGAGCCCCUACUUCCCGGCCUCCCGGACGACGUGGCUCUCCAUUGUCUCCUCAGAGUCACAGUCGACAACCAUCUUUCGUGUAAAGGCGUGAGCAAGCGUUGGUUUUUGCUCUUUGCCCACAAGGAGAGAUUCUUCUCCUUGAGAAGAGAACUUCUGUUCCACGAGCCGUGGCUCUUCGUGUUGGCCUUCCACAAACGCACUGGCAAGAUCCAAUGGAAGGUUCUAGAUCUCACCAACUUUUCGUGGCACGCGAUCCCUCCCAUGCCCUGCAAGGACAACGCCACCGCCCAUGGCUUCCGGUGCGUCUCCCUACCCCACAUGGGGGUGAUGUUUGUUUGUGGAGGGCUAGUCUCGGACGCGGAUUAUCCCCUCAACUUGGUACUCAAGUACGAGGUUGGGGCUAACCGUUGGAGCGUUAUGAAAAGCAUGAUCACCCCAAGGUCAUACUUCGGAAUUGGGCUUAUAGAUGGGAUGCUUUACGUAGCUGGUGGGAACGGUGCAGAGCUUUUUGAACUCAACUCAGCUGAAGUCCUAAACCCAAGUAAUGGGACGUGGAGACCCGUGUCCAAUAUAGGAAUGUAUCUCUCCUCGUACGACUCCGCGGUUCUCAAUGGGAAGCUUUUCAUAACAGAAGGUUGGUUUUGGCCCUUCUAUGUUGUCCCAAUGGGACAAGCAUAUGACCCAAAAACAGACACGUGGGAGGGCAUACCCUCCGGGCUUAGGGAAGGUUGGACAGGUUCAAGCGUCGUGAUUGAAGGGCACUUGUUUGUUGUAACCGAACACGAGGGAGAUAGUUGGGACACGGUUGAUGGCCCUCCGUUGCCAGUGCAGAUAUGUAAGCCGUUCUGCGUGAGCUGUUACGGCAACAGGAUCGUUGUUGUGGGACAGUACCUUAAGCUCGCUGUGGGACUCGUGACCAAGCGCCUUAAGACUUGUGGGAAGGAGUUUGGGUUCAAUGUUCAAUGGCGAGUUGUGGAUGCGCCCGAUAACCUCUGCGAGUUCUCGCCAUCCAGUGCACAGGGUUUUGAUUUUGUGGUGUCGAAUCUCAAUGAAAGCACCAAUGAUACGGACAACGUAUCGGAUAGGGAAGACUCAGAGCGUCUUCGAGCUCUUGGGAAUAUGGGACUAGGAGAAGAAGAAGAAUUGAGGCGAAGGAGAGAAUCGGCAAACCAAGAGGGAGAAGGGAUUAGGGUUUUGAUUUGUUUAUUCAUUGAAUAACUCUAAAGGGGAUUACAUCUCUUUAUAAAGGGAAGAAGGAAACCUAAAGCUAACCUAAAGGUUCAAUAAAAGCGACGAGGGAAAGAAUAGUAAAGAAACCUCGAAGGAGCUUAUAAUUUCGCUCACCUAAUAAAAUCUAAAUUACAAU